GACCGAAGCUUAGCCCAUUGAGAAACUGAGAGUGAGAGAGGCUGGAAGCAGGUGCUGGUGGAGGCGUGAGGUGGCAGUUUCUCAUGCAUUGCUGAUUUCUGACAGACCAGAAAUCGAAUUGCUAAGACUGCAAAAAGGGAAAGGGACUGUUUGAAGGGGGAUAUUGAGAAGAACAAAAAAAAAAGCUUGUACGACCUCCUUCCUUUGCUUUUCAAAAGACCAGCUCUUCUCAAGAAAGAGAAAAAAGAAGAACAGACGUGAAAAGACGUGAACAGGAAAUUAGGUAUCCAAGGCUACAGAUGCAGGUCUACCACAGCCGUCACGUGACGUGAAUUUCCGCUUUCACACAUUUUACUUUUGGCUGCACAGCAGGGCAGGACCACACACUCGCUGAAGGGCUGCUGCAGCAAGACAUGAUGGUGCUUUGAGGACUACUCUACCAUGCAGUCCACCAUGAAUUUCAAUGGACUUCAACGCCAGGGCAGUCAAGAGAAUUACAUUCUGGAUAAUACUCUGAAGAAGAAAUGUUCCCUGUGGUACAGGCGCUCACUGAGGGGACACAAUGAUCGCCACCGGCAGAACUCGGGCUCUCUGACCAGAGUGCACAAGCCCAAACAAAGCGACUCUGGCUCCCUGGUUAAUUACUCUGAUCCACAAAGAAUCACAAUUGUACUGGAAAAGCAAGACAAUGAAACAUUUGGCUUUGAAAUUCAGACUUAUGGCCUGCAGCUGAAGAACAGCUCUGCGGUGGAGAUGUGCACGUUUGUGAGUAAGGUGCAGGAGGACAGCGCUGCUGAAAGCGCUGGCCUGACCGCAGGAGACAUUAUUGUCACCAUCAAUGGGGUCAGCAUCGAAGGAUCAUCUCAUCAGCACAUACUUGAUCUGAUAAGAGAAUCAACCAACAGUUUAAAGAUGGAGACUGUAUGCGGGAAUGUAGUGAAGCAGAUAGAGCUGAAGAAGAGGAUGAACCUGCUGAAGCAAUCACUACACGAGAAACUGAUGGAGCUGCAAGCACUUACAGUACAGGAAAGACGUCUGCUGCGAGGUAACUUGAACAACAGCAGCCUUCACCUCUCAAUGGACUGUUCGGACAUCCUGAGCUCCCCCACGGGCCGCUGUGGUCGCCGUUUUUCAAGUGACAGUAGCUACAGGAGCGUGAUGACUGAUGACAGUGACCAGACCAGUGUGUUUGGGGAUCUGAGCUCUCCCAGCCCCCUCAGUGCAGCCAGCACCAAAGACGAUGGCUGCUUUUUCUCCAGAGAUUUUCCAUCACAGGACAGCAGCAAUCAUCACCGAGCCCUCUGCCGCUCCAGCAGCUCCAGUUUGGUCAGCAGCAGCAGCUCCCUCUCACCUUCCUGGGAGGAAACAAGGAUCUCCUCCUUGUUUGGUACCCUGCCCCGCAAAAGCAGGAGAGGCAGCGUUCGCAAACACAUCUUCAAGUUAAUUCCCGGGCUGCAGCGAUCAGUUGAGGAGGAGGAGAUGUGAACAAACUAUCAGUGAAAUAGACACUGUGAAUGAAGAUGAAGCGCUUCACCUCUCUGUAAGGACUGGAUUAACCCUUUAAAAAUAAAAAACCACACAGACAGGGAUGACGGACAAUGUGGCUCUUGGCAUUUGUCAAAGACUUUAAGAUGAGUCUGUUGGGCUUACACUUGUGGUGGCACAAAAGCAUUAUGAAAAUGUAAAAAGUUCCUUCUCUGAACAAGUGCUUGAAUUAAUGUACAUACAAGAUAGUAAUGUAUGAAUGUGAUCAGCAUUAAUCAUAUCAGUCUGAACUGCAGUAGCUCACGUUGCACCUUGCAUUCUAAAAAUGAGACCAUUGUGACAUAAAAUACACAAUAACCACUCAUGUUUAAAUGAUAUUUCUGUCAUGUUUAGGUGCUUAAAACCAAAAUCCAGGCUCUCCUGUGUAUAGACGGCUGCUCAGUUCAAAACAGGAUGUGGGUUAGAAGAGGUACUACUGAACUGUUUUCAUUUCCAAAAUUAUUUUCAGGCGGUAUACAAGUCACUUUCGUUGUUGGUUCCGAAACGCGGAACAGGUUUCUUAUAAGUCUGAACGAAAGUUUAUUUUCAGUGGCGAGAAAAUAAAACUUUUUAAAGAAUGUGUGAAUUUUUUGUUUUUGUAUCAAGUCAAGAUAAAGUGUAUGCAAAAAACUGAAAAAAAAAAAAAAUAAACUUGCAAAGUCUCACCCA